GGGCCGUCUUAUCGGGCUCGCUGUAACAUUUACUCCCAAAAGGACUUGGGAAAGCCCAUAUUCAUCUCCGAUCGCGCCGCCCACCCCCCCAAGUUCCUCCCUGCCACCCCAAGAACUGAGGACUUGCACCCCAUUGGUACAAAUCUAUUUCAGCUGCGGCCAAAGAGGAAAAUGCUGAAUUGGGCAUGUUUGACCCCUUGAAAUCAUCCUCUCCUCGACAAUUGCAUUCGUCUCUUUCGCUUCCUUCACCGUCUGUGGAUUCGGGGAUUACGCGGUCUUUGCCCGCGGACGAUACCUCUCCGCCUAACAAAAAUUUCCCUAAUCCAAACAUUCGGAGACCAGACUGGUUCAUACAAAACGCACUGCGGUCAUCCGGCCCGACACGUACAACUGCUUCUCGCACAUCCUUCAUGAACGAUAUUCUGUCUCGUGCCCCUCCACCAUUACCUUCCGAUCCUUCAUUCAGACCUCCCACUCACACAAAAUUGGGGCCACCCAACAGAGGGUAUAAGAUUCUCGAAAAAAGUGGAUGGCAAGAGGGAGAAGGUCUUGGGGUGUGGAGCCGCGGAAUCCCGUAUCACACCAGUUCGGGACUUACGGGUACUUGUAUCGCGACGGGCGAGACGGCAUCGGACGCGAUCAACUUCACUCUCCCGCCAUCGGAUAACGAUUCCGAUUCCCACUCCCAGCUUGGAUUAGGGACAUUGGAACUGUCAGACCCAGUAACCCCGGCUCGUACUGUGCUUUUACAGCCGGUACCAGCGUAUCUUCGGCCAGAUCGCCUCGGUCUUGGUGCUUCGUUGGGUAGAGGCUUAAAGUCGAGAACGGGUGAAAGGAGACUGCCACAAAGGAUCAAAUUGGUUGAUAGCUCUCAAGCCAUCCAGUUCUCCCGAUCGCGUAGAGAAUUAAACAGGGAGAAGCAGUCAAGGAAUUCUGCAUUUAUCUCGGAGCAGAUCAAGGGUGGGAAGCGAGGCGCGAAUGCAUUCACAGUAAUUAGAAACAACGAAGAGCGGCGUCGGCGGGACCUGCUGGCCUACAUGAAGAGUUAAACAUAAUGAUGAUCAACACUAACCCAAAUGUGUUCUUUAAACGCUUCUGCCCAGACAAUGAAUAUCAUUCUCUUGGCCGUCGUUUUAGAUGUCGAGAACAAGAUAAAACAUGUGACAAUAAGCUUCGGUCGCGUUCUUACAAAUAACCAGAACAGAGAUCAGCACGACACAUCUUCCCGGCUGCUAGAUUGAAAGCUACCUCAACUUCUGCCCUCUCUUCGUCCACGAAGAAGUCUCACGGGAAAGAACCCAGUGAUAUCUCCGUUCUGCAGAUCAUCACCCAUGAUGUCGCUUCAUCUCAAACUCAAAUACUUAUUCCGCCACUUGGUAGUACUA